AUGCAAAAAAAACAAUUUAAAGAAGUCGUAGUGGAAGUAAAACAUGUUUCAAAACACUAUAAGAUAUUCGGUAGAGAAGAUACAGUUAAAGCAUUGAACGAUAUACAUCUAGCAAAUGAUGCCGAACUACAGCCAGUAAGGAGAGGUGAAUUCGUAAUGUUACGUGGACCAUCCGGUGGUGGUAAAACAUCACUUCUCAAUCUACUGGGAACAAUCGAUAGAGCUACAGAAGGUGUUAUUGAAUUAUUUUCAAGUCCGAUCACACCAGAGUCAUCUGAUGAAUAUUUAGCAAAACUAAGAUUAGAAAAGAUUGGUUUCGUUUUCCAGACAUUCAACUUACUCGCGACAAUGUCUGCCUAUGAAAAUGUAGAACUACCUAUGAUCAUCUUGGGAAAGUUAAAACCAGAACAAAGAAAGAAGAGAGCUAUUGAAUUAUUAACAUUGGUUGGAUUACAAGAUAGAUUGGAUCAUUUGCCGUCGGAGUUAUCUGGUGGUGAACAACAGAGAGUAACCAUUGCACGCGCUUUGGCAAACGAACCAGAAAUUCUACUGCUGGACGAACCUACAGGUGAUCUCGAUACAAAGAAUACAGUAGAGGUUAUGGAUUUACUGUUGGAUCUCAAUCUAAAGUUAAAGACUACUUGCAUCAUGGUGACACAUAACCCUGACAUUGAAUGCUAUGCAGAUCGUAUUCUCUAUCUUGCCGACGGUGUAUUCGAGAAACAAGCAAUCAACAUCGAACAAACAAGAUUAGAUUACGAUAAAUACAUUGAAUAUCUAAAUGCUCAAACUCAUGGAACUCAUUAA